AUGCGGCUCGUUUAUUUGCUUCUCUCACUAUUCUCCGUCGGCGCAGCGCUCAAGUCGUUCCUGGAAGACAGCCUCGGUGACUACUGCCACGAAUGCGAGUACCCGCACUUCAUCGGGCCCCGGCCUGAUCCGUUCACGACGCUGUCCUGCAUCCACCAAGUGAUGCCGGAAACGCCGCGUGUCCGUGUGCAGUACAUGCUUCGCGAACAUCCGAUCUGCAUCACCAUGCUUGUCUUCGAUGGACUGAUGCCGGUCUACCAAAUCCGAACCGGCGUCCCGGCCAGCAGUCUCCCAUCCAAAUGCUAUGAAUACCGUGAGAAAGGAGGCUAUUACAUCCCGGAUUUGACGAUGAACAUCACCGUCAGCGAGGGCGUUCAAUUGGACUGGCAAUCCGAAAAGGACAACCCACAAAACUUCCACGAUUUUAUCGCCCUUCGCCUGCACGGGGAGGGGCCGAACAAAGAAUUCACCGGCGCCGUGAUGUGCUGCGGGACUACGCUGUGCAACGCCGACGACGUCGAGUUCUACCUGCCCACCCGCAUCUCGCAAGGAUAUGAGCGCGAGGCCGAUUGGCGCAGGUCGAUGCCGUUCGUGCUCGUCAUCGCCGUGCUCGCCAUCACGCUGUGGCCGCAUCUCACCAAAGUUCAGGAAGAGAAUCGCGUGACGGCCCUCGAGAAGAUCGAACGCGCCAUGGUGCUCUCCGACGACUGGUUCGGCUUUCCUGCUCCAGUCUGCAUUCUGCACCCCGACGCCGAGGCGGUCAGCGCCAAGUUCUACCCGCCUAUGACGGAGCGCGCGCUGCGCCGGAUCCGUGCCGAGAAGGGGUGUCGUGACAAGGAGGCGCGCGACUACGCGGCUUUCCGCCGACUUCAAGCCGUCCUCCGCGGGCUUGAGAAGGCACCACCGCGAGCCCGUGACAGUUCGGUGUCGAAAUGCGAGGAGUACCCGGUGUACACGGUCUCGUCGCAAAUGCUGCAGAAGCGCGGUGUUCGCUCGGGCUGCAUUCUCUACGUGUCGCCGGGCGGGAUUGAGGCCGCCCGCUUCACCUCGCAUGACCAGCAUCCGGAGGCCGAGACUUGGAUGGACCGCACGGCCCAUGGAUGGCCGAGGAGGGGCAGUGCCGUGCCCCGCUCGUACGACACCAGCAAGGAGGAGAAGGAUGGCGAGAAGAAGGGCAACAAGGCCAGCGCC